CCUGACAUUCACGUUUCCCCACCGCCAAUGGGUCGACCGCCGGCCAUGAGCCAUGUCAAAGAUCGGCGUGCUGCUGCUGAGCAGCGUUUCGGGUGAGAAUGUCAAAGUACCGCACCCUGAGGAGUUCGUCAAUGUCCUGGCCGGAACGGCUGGUGGACAGAACGCUGGCACACAUCAUAGCACAGGGAAUGUCCUGCCGCUGGUGGCGCGGCCCUGGGGAUUCAAUCACUGGGCGCCUCAGAGUGUGGACCCGAAGAUCAAGACCAGCUGGUGGUUUGACGCCAACAGCGACACCUUCUAUGGCCUUCGCUGCACCCACCAGCCAUCUCCAUGGAUUGGAGACUAUGCGUGGUUCUUGCUGGUCCUUGAGACGGGGUAUCACAUGAACCACCGCAUGGGCUUCACCAGCUACUACGCCGAAGGCGCCUUAAGACCCUUCUUCCUGGACCUGAAGCUGGGGCCCUAUGGGCACCAGCUGCAGAUGACGCCCACGAACCACGGGGGCUUGGUGAAGGUCACCUUCCCAAGUUCCGGGGCACGGAAGCUUUGCGCACAGAUCCCCAGCGGUGUCCCCAACGACAAGGAUGAGAAGCUGGCAAAGGGAGCGCAGAGCACGAGUGGCUACUGCCGUGCUGGCGCGGGCGGCGUGGACCUGGUCUCGCGGCGCUUCGCCGACGGGGCACCGCCCAGUGGACUCAGCUUCUUCGUGCGCAUGGAGGCGGUCGGAGGUGCUACGGUGGAGGAGCACUUGCUCGCGGACUGCUUCGAGCAGAACGUUGGAUACGAACCCAUGAACAUGCCAGGGCAAGAGCGCAUCGCCCUGGAGAAUAUUGACCAGUGCCAACAGCGCUGCAAACAAACGGCCAAGUGUGCGCACUUCACCUGGUGGAGCGACGGUGGGUGUCACCUACAAGAUGACAAGGCCAAGAAGAAGAAACAGGGUGGACUGCAAGCUGGGCCUCCCGCAUGCCAGGAGACGACCAUGCGGCACUGCUGCUUUGUGGCCUCCCAACAGGAGCUGGAGAUCCAGAUUGGCACUAGUUUCAUCUCGGCCGCGCAGGCGAAGCGGGCGAUGGAGGCUGAGGUGAAGGGCCGCUCCUUCGCGGCGCUGGUGACCGAGGGCCGAGAGCUGUGGCGCAAGGAGCUCCAGAAGGUGGAAGUCCUUGAUGCUGGGCCUGCAACCGCGACCACCUUCAGGCGCCUGGAGGUCUUCUAUACUUCGCUCUACAGGGCGCUGUUGUUUCCCCGACGUUUGGACGAAGACACGCCCACAGGUGUUCAACACUGGAGCCCCUACAGUGGGCAGAUCAUGUCCGGCAUCGGCGUGAGUGACAACGGCUUCUGGGACACGUUCCGAACGGUCUAUCCCUUGCUCUCGAUCGCCUACCCCACGCAACUGGCCAACUUCAUCGUGGGAUGGCUCAACGCCUAUCAGGCGGGCGGUUGGCUACCGAAGUGGGCCAGCCCUGGCUAUCGGGACUCCAUGGUGGGGACCUUCGCAGACGUGGUGCUGGCAGAUGCCGUGAUCAAGAACAUUUCAGGCUUUGACCUCGACCUGGUCUGGCAAGCCUUGUACAAAGAUGCCUACGAGGUCUACAAGAAAGAUUCCUCCCGUGGGAAGAAGGGCCUGGAACAUUACAAGGAGAAAGGCUUCGUCCCCAUCGACGUGGGUGUGAGCGAGGCCUGCAGCCGCACCCUGGACUUCGCCUUCGCAGAUGCGGCCUGUGCCGCCGUGGCGCGGCGCACGCGGCGGGUCGCGGAGGCGGAGGAGCUGCAGCAGCGGAGCCGAAAGGCGUUGCGAGAGCUCUAUGACGCCAAGACGGGCUUGAUGGGGCAUCGCAAGAAGAAUCAGGACUUCGUGGAGGAAGCGCCGGAGACCUGGGGCGAUUGCUACACCGAGGGCUCGGCGUGGCAUCACUCCUUCCCUCCCUUCGACCUGGAGACCUUGGCAGAGUUGCAUGGUGGACGUGAGGGCUUGGUGGCAAAACUGGAGUCACUCUUCACCGUGCCUGCGGAUUUCAAGACAGGCUCCUACAAGGGCGAGAUCCACGAGAUGCGAGAGAUGAGGAUGUUGGGGAUGGGUCAGUAUGCCCACAACAAUCAGCCAACACAUCAUCUUCCGUACCUGUUUUCGCUCCUCGGGGAUCAGAACCGCACGGCUCGUCUGGUGCGGGACAUCCUCUCGCGCGCCUACUCGCCCGAGGGCUUCGCGGGAGACGAGGACAACGGGGAGAUGGGCUCCUGGUACGUGCUCUCCGCCUUGGGUUUGUACCAGCCGGCGCCCGGCGUGACGGAGAACUUCACCCUGGGCGCGGUGCCGCUCUUCCCCCGCGCAAGGCUGCGCGCCUUGGACAUCACCGUGGAGGCGCCCUCGGCCGCCGAGGCCGCACCGGCCGUGCAGGUCGUUUUGUGGCGCUCGAGUCCCAUCGUGGGCACAGCCAUUGCCUACUCCAAGCUCAGAAUGGGCGGCAUCUUGCGGUUCUUGUCACCCGAGACGUCCGGACAGUUGGGCAACGUGGUCUCCUCCUUCCGCGGAGCGCUCCACCGUGCAGCACGCCAGGUACGCCAGUCGGCCGAGCGUUCUGCGGAGCAGCGCCAGACGCGCGCGGCGAACGCGCUACCGGCGCCUUCGGCAUCUGUCGUGGUGGAGGAGGUGGUGAUCGAAGCUCCGGAACAGGGCGCCACGUCCACGUGGCCGAUGUCGGACGCCGGCGCUGUCGGCCGCGGUGGCUCCUUUGGAGUGGAGGGGACCAGCUGGAUCUUAGACAUCGUUGGGCUUGUGCUGGUGCUUCUAGCUCUUUUCCUGGCGUGCCCCAGGUCCCGCUGGCGCAAGGACACGCGGAAGGAGUGAGCAGGUGAGUACGCGUCGGUGUUCUGUGUCGCGCGAUCUCGUGCCGGGCAGCCAGAUUUGCGGUUUUUCUCGUUCACGAGAGAGGAAAGCACGGCAAGACAUUGUGUGUUUGUUCUUCAGAUGAGAAGCAGUAAAGAAUAUGAACCAGCACGAGGAUCUAUGGUGUUCUUACCCUUUCCCACAUGCUCAUUCCCUUUGUUUUGCCCUCGGUCAUAUGGACCAUGAACAUGGGGACCCCUCUGGGAAGAAAAAUCUAUAUACCAGCAGUGGCAGUCAC